AUGAUGGAAGAAGGUGGGCGAGAAGAUCUCGAAGUGACGAUCAUGGCAAUGAAAGGCAGCUCACGAGAAUGGAACAGAGUGGUGGCGUCCAACUUAGCCCGAUUCCUCAAAUGCCCUCUCAUCGACACUCACGACAUCAACCAAGCCCUUCAAAAAUCCUCCUCCUCCUCUCAAACCAACAAUAAUAACGAAAUGGCCGAAGAAUCUCCAGCGCUAGACGUCGCAUACGGCGUCGCUUCCACGCAGCUCAUCAGUCUGAAAAUCCCCGUCAUCAUCAGUGGGGCCCACCCGUUAACUCUGGGGACCACGUGGCGAGCACUCGCAGCUUCUUCCGGCGCUCGUCUCAUCGUCAUCAAAUGCCACCCGCCCGAAGACAAAGCCGGACAACAUCAGUCAGACGGCGAGGACGAACACGAUGGCAUCUUAUUGGUCCACGUGGAUGCCGAGUCAUUCGACGGGAAGAAAGCCGAAGGCAUUGUGUCCAAGAUUCACUUGCUUUUACGUCAGCAGAAGAAGUACAAUAACAAUACUAAGGUGGUGGCUGGGCCUGGAGGAAACAAAAAAGCAAAACAGAGGAAGCAGAGAAGAAGCGACCACUUGCAUGAAUGGGUGGAGAAACAACCGAAUAAUAGUAGUAAUGAAAAUACUACCGACGACGGCUGGUCGUGCAUAGCUUGCGGCGACGGCGACUUCUAUGAUCAUCUCACAGCUUAUUACCGAUGCACCGACUGUGACUUUGCAUUGCACAAAAGCUGCGCCGAGAAACCGGCCGACGGACUUGUGGACAGAUGUCCGCCGUAUCUGGAAGUAGUCCGACCACAAUCAUAUGACUUUCCUUCCAAGGUGAAAUGCAAAAACUGUAGGGUCGACGGCGGCGAGGAGGAGGAGUUCUCCGGCGCCGUGGAUGACUGCCAUGAUUGCCUGAUGCAGACGAACCUCCACCACCAGAUCUUGCCGACUGUGCUAAGGGAAGAUACCGCGCAUGAUCACCGUCUGAACCUGGUCAUCAUGCCGUUUGGGUACGAAUACAAAUACUUGUGCGCCCGCUGCGACAAACUCGGGUACUCGGUCGGAUACAAAUGUUAUGAGUGUAAUGACCUACCCAAUUACCACGUGGCAUGUGCCUUGCUAGCGCAUGAUGAAAGAAGAGUAGUUGAGAAACAAAUGCAUAGAUUUUUUCGUAGGAAGCAGAAAGAUAUAGAGGACCUACUAGACCGUAAACAGGCUUCUAAGGGCCAAUCGGGUAUGAAAAAUAACACGUAUUUAAAUGAAAAUGAUUGA